AUGCUCUUCAUAUUUUACAUAUUUUCGGUGGUGGCUAUAAGCAUGGAGAUGAUCGUGAAAAUUCUGGGAGCUUUCGACUUGAAAGAAAACUACAUCGGUUGUUUCAAAGAUGUAAGAUCAAUAAAAGAAAAAAGAGUAAAAAGUGUUGAAGAAUGCGAAAACCUGUGCAAAGCUGAAGAAAAUAUCAGUCUAAUCGCUCUGAAGAAUGGCAAGGAGUGCAACUGUAUCAACAGGCUUGAUGCCGCCCUACCUUCGUCCGAUUGUAUGCUUCCUUGCACUAGCGACGAGGCCUGUGGAGGUAAAGAGACUUAUUCUGUCUACAGAAUAGACCAGUAUACAACACACGACGACGUCUGGGGCGAUAUUUCUGAAUAUGAAAAUUAUUUUAUUUUGAUUAGUAAUAUUAGCUUAAAUAUCUCAUACAAUCUUCAGAGGUGUGCACAUUUCUGUUUAGAGGUCAACGCAACAUUUUUCAUGGGGCUAGAGCAGAGUCUGUGCAAGUGCUUGUAUAACUACCCCGAUGUUGUAGCACCGAACAAAUCCGAACUACAAUGCAAUGAGAUGUGUAGCGACUUGCCAGGCUCCAUUUGCAACUGUCACUAUAUAGACUCUCAAAAUACGAACUUGGUGUACGCAUUGCGGUUUCAAUACGAGUUUCAAAGAGGAAGAUCUACCUACGCACACUGCACGGAUGUCUUCACCGACAUAUGCCAUGUGCCACCUUGUAAACAUAUCGAAUUUACUGAAAUAUCAGACUGCAGAAAAGGUUGCAAAGAUGGAUGGAAGGGAGAAUCGUGUAAGGAGAGGGAUUGCACCUCAAACAACGGAGAUUGUGGCAUUGAAAUGAAAUGCGUCGAAAUCCUGGUAAAUAAAAACUUGUACGUAGAAUGCGCCUGUCCGUUCGGUACCGUAAGAAACAAGUGGCAGCAGUGCGAAGUUUUCAGGAACAACUUGGCUAACCGGCUCGAUUCCUUCCUCAGCUCAACGUACAACAUGCCAGGACGUGGUCUUAUGAGUGCAGAUCGUUUGGCUGAUGGCGCCUACGAUGGUUACAUGAUGGCUCAUACUAAUGAUCCGAAAACUGCCUGGAUGGCUGUUGACCUCAGUAUGUUGUACUGCGUUGGAUUCGUGAGAGCCUACAACAGAAUUAUGGAAAGUGAAGAAAUGUACAUGCUUAUCAAUGAAUUUGCUGUUAAGCUCAGCAAAAAUUUUGACAUAAACACCAAAGCAGGUAUGAAAAGUAAUGACGAACUUUUUCUUUGCGGAUAUGGACCUAAAAAAGCCCUGCAAGGCGGAAAUCCUAUGAUCGUUUUCUGCCAAAACUUCACUGUGCUGUCUAAGUUUGUCAUCAUCCAUCAGCCAGGAGAACGAGAAGGCAAUCUGGCUCUAGCUGAAUUGGAAAUUUACGAAGUUGGUUGCGACAUCCUCAACGGCAGGUGCGGAGAAAAAAAGUGCAACGAAGACAGAGUGAAAAAUGGGCCGCUCGUCAUAAGAUGCACCGACUGGACUGAUGUUGCCACGAUUAAUACGCCAUGGUAUGGAUGCUACGAACAGGUUGAAGCUGAAUUUUAUUUCCUCGAAUAUGGAAUGACCUAUUUGGAGUGUAAAAUUGUUUGCGACUCCAGGGAUUACCUGCUCUCCGUCAUGAAGGCCGGCCUCAAAUGUGCCUGUGGAGACAAAUUGCUAGUUAAAGGCAAAUUGUCAACCAGGCUUUGUAAGAAAGGUCACUUCAGGACAAAUUUUGUUUAUGCCGAAUGCGAAAUGAAGAGUGAAGUCUGUUCAUCACUGCUGGAAACAACAACUCUCCCAAAUACUUUAGCAACUCCUAAUGCCUUUGCCAAUCUUUCCGAACAAACCACCGUGGGACCGGUCAUUUCAACCAGCAUGAUGUACAUUAUAAUAGGAAUUUCUUCUGCCCCGUUGCUGCUUGCGAUUAUUGCCGGAGUUUUAGCUAAAAGGAGGAAGAAAGAGCCUGCUAAAUCUGCUAAACCAUCGAGUUAUGCGGAAUCAAGUAGUGUUGGGAGCAAAGUCACCGACACCGAAUAAAUUAUUUACGGUGGCCACAUACUUUUUUUUAACUUCAUGGUUUCAAAUUUCGUUCAUGUAAUUUCUAUCAAACUUAUAACUUCCUAAAUUUAUCCAU